GCUAACCAAAUUGUUGAUUAGCGCAUGCUUUGCUACCAAUGGAUUUCGAGCAUAAACUGCUGUUAAUCAAACGCCAGUCAAAAUAUGCAAAAAUACGAAUUUGUCUAUGACUAAUAUAAAACACACAAUAUCUGAAGAAACGGAGCAAAGGCAGGUUUUAAGCACAAAAUAAAAAUAAACCCAAAUUAAGUUUUUUGCAAGUUCACGCGAUGAACUUGAAAAAAGACGAGAGAAAAACUGUUUCUCAGAGCUCAAACUAGUCCGGCCUGCUGUCCUCUGUCCACUGUCUACUGUCCAGCACCGGCGGCGUCUGCGUGUUGAAGCAAACGUAGCGCGCCAAACUGACCGAGUUAACCGCCAGCUACCCGUCUUGAUUCGUGCCGCAUAGACUUCGUCGUUGCAUGCGCCGGCAGCGGCGAUUCAUUUAACCAGCGGACAGCAGCGCGCGCGCAUGCGCAGUAGCUGACGAGAGCACCAAUUCAAAAUCAAAAUCAAAAUCAAAAUCAAAAUAAAAAUAAAACUAAACAAACAUCCACUCGAGUGCUUAGAGUUCCAGUGUAUCGGUUAAGGAGAGCAACACGCCCAUUGCAUACUUGAUUUGUUGCUGCCGAAGAUGCGCCUGGAGUACGUGCUGAUACUCUGCCUUUGCUGGAACUGUGUCCGUUGCCAGCUGCUGGUGGAUCUGGUGCGCGAUUUCGAGACAUCGCUGCUGAACACACGCAUUCCGGACACCACGGCCUUUCUGCCGGAGUAUGACUUCAUCAUAGUGGGCGCCGGCUCGGCGGGCUGUGUGCUCGCCAAUCGACUGAGCGAGAUUAAGACUGCGAGUGUGCUGCUCCUGGAGGCGGGCGACCAGGAGACUUUCAUCAGCGAUGUGCCUUUGACAGCGGCACUUACCCAGACCACGCGCUACAACUGGGGCUACAAGGCGGAUGCCACGCCCAACGCCUGCCAGGGCCUGCGCAACGGCGUCUGCAACUGGCCUAAGGGACGCGGCAUCGGAGGCACCAGUCUGAUCAACUUUAUGCUAUAUACGCGAGGUCAUCGUCGGGACUACGAUGGCUGGGCUGCUGCGAAUAACACGGGCUGGUCAUAUGAGGAGGUCUUGCCAUAUUUUAAGAAAUCAGAGCGCAUCGGCAUCCCCGACCUAUACAAGUCGCCCUACCAUGGACGCAACGGACUGCUGGAUGUGCAGUUCACGGACUACAAAUCGCGGCAGAUGAAGGCGUUCCUCAAGUCGGGUCGUGAGCUGGGCUACGAUAUAACCGAUACCAAUGGCGAGCACAUGAUGGGCUUUGCCAGAGCUCAGGCCACGAUACGCAAUGGCAGGCGCUGCAGCACCAGCAAAGCCUUCAUACAGCCCGUGCUGCAGCGGCACAAUCUGCACAUAUCGAUGAAGAGCUGGGUCACCAAGCUGCUCAUCGAUCCCAACACAAAGAUGGCCGUGGGCGUGGAGUUUACUAAGCAGCGGCAGCGAUAUGUGGUGCGCGCCAGCAAGGAGGUCAUCCUGUCUGCAGGUGCCAUAGCCAGUCCGCAGCUGCUGCUGCUGUCUGGCGUGGGCCCACGAGCUCAUCUGGAGGAGCAUAGCAUACCUGUGCUGCAGGACCUGCCAGUGGGCUACAAUCUGCAGGAUCACAUAACGCUCAAUGGCCUGGUGUUUAUGGUAAACGAUUCUACUGUCAACGAUGCACGUCUUCUCAAUCCUAUGGACAUCUUUCGCUACAUCUUUUCCGGUCAAGGACCCUAUACGAUUCCUGGCGGCGCUGAAGCAUUCGCCUUUGUGCGCACGCCCAGCUCUAGGUUUCCUAAGGACUAUGCGGAUAUGGAGCUUGUAUUGGGUGCCGGCUCUCUCAGCGGUGAUCGCUUUGGCACCCUACGCGAUUUGCUGGGCAUUACGAAUGAGUUCUACGACAAAAUGUUUGGUGACAUGCAGGACAAGGAAACCUUCGGUCUGGUGCCUGUGUUGCUGCGUCCCAAGAGCACUGGACGCAUCUCCUUGCGCAGUCGCAAUCCUUUCCACUGGCCACGCAUGGAGCCGAACUUCAUGCAGCAUCCGGAUGAUGUGCGCGCCAUGAUCGAGGGCAUCGAAAUGAUACUUGAUUUGUUGCUGCCGAAGAUGCGCCUGGAGUACGUGCUGAUACUCUGCCUUUGCUGGAACUGUGUCCGUUGCCAGCUGCUGGUGGAUCUGGUGCGCGAUUUCGAGACAUCGCUGCUGAACACACGCAUUCCGGACACCACGGCCUUUCUGCCGGAGUAUGACUUCAUCAUAGUGGGCGCCGGCUCGGCGGGCUGUGUGCUCGCCAAUCGACUGAGCGAGAUUAAGACUGCGAGUGUGCUGCUCCUGGAGGCGGGCGACCAGGAGACUUUCAUCAGCGAUGUGCCUUUGACAGCGGCACUUACCCAGACCACGCGCUACAACUGGGGCUACAAGGCGGAUGCCACGCCCAACGCCUGCCAGGGCCUGCGCAACGGCGUCUGCAACUGGCCUAAGGGACGCGGCAUCGGAGGCACCAGUCUGAUCAACUUUAUGCUAUAUACGCGAGGUCAUCGUCGGGACUACGAUGGCUGGGCUGCUGCGAAUAACACGGGCUGGUCAUAUGAGGAGGUCUUGCCAUAUUUUAAGAAAUCAGAGCGCAUCGGCAUCCCCGACCUAUACAAGUCGCCCUACCAUGGACGCAACGGACUGCUGGAUGUGCAGUUCACGGACUACAAAUCGCGGCAGAUGAAGGCGUUCCUCAAGUCGGGUCGUGAGCUGGGCUACGAUAUAACCGAUACCAAUGGCGAGCACAUGAUGGGCUUUGCCAGAGCUCAGGCCACGAUACGCAAUGGCAGGCGCUGCAGCACCAGCAAAGCCUUCAUACAGCCCGUGCUGCAGCGGCACAAUCUGCACAUAUCGAUGAAGAGCUGGGUCACCAAGCUGCUCAUCGAUCCCAACACAAAGAUGGCCGUGGGCGUGGAGUUUACUAAGCAGCGGCAGCGAUAUGUGGUGCGCGCCAGCAAGGAGGUCAUCCUGUCUGCAGGUGCCAUAGCCAGUCCGCAGCUGCUGCUGCUGUCUGGCGUGGGCCCACGAGCUCAUCUGGAGGAGCAUAGCAUACCUGUGCUGCAGGACCUGCCAGUGGGCUACAAUCUGCAGGAUCACAUAACGCUCAAUGGCCUGGUGUUUAUGGUAAACGAUUCUACUGUCAACGAUGCACGUCUUCUCAAUCCUAUGGACAUCUUUCGCUACAUCUUUUCCGGUCAAGGACCCUAUACGAUUCCUGGCGGCGCUGAAGCAUUCGCCUUUGUGCGCACGCCCAGCUCUAGGUUUCCUAAGGACUAUGCGGAUAUGGAGCUUGUAUUGGGUGCCGGCUCUCUCAGCGGUGAUCGCUUUGGCACCCUACGCGAUUUGCUGGGCAUUACGAAUGAGUUCUACGACAAAAUGUUUGGUGACAUGCAGGACAAGGAAACCUUCGGUCUGGUGCCUGUGUUGCUGCGUCCCAAGAGCACUGGACGCAUCUCCUUGCGCAGUCGCAAUCCCUUUCACUGGCCACGCAUGGAGCCGAACUUCAUGCAGCAUCCGGAUGAUGUGCGCGCCAUGAUCGAGGGCAUCGAAAUGAUCCUGCAGAUAGCUCGUACCAAGUCUAUGCUGAAGAUGGGUACACGUUUCCAUGCGCGUCCUUUUCCAGGCUGUGAGCAUCUGAUCUUCGCCACCAACGACUAUUGGCGCUGUUGCCUGCGCCUCUACGGCUCCAGCUUGCAACAUCAGUCGGGCACCUGCAAGAUGGGACCAUCCACGGAUGCUACGGCUGUGGUUGAUCCGGAACUGAGAGUCCAUGGCAUUCGGCACCUGCGUGUGGCAGACGCAUCCAUUAUGCCACACGUGCCGGCCGGCCACACGAAUGCAAUCGUGAUCAUGAUUGCCGAGAAGGCGGCUGACAUGAUCAAGAACGCGUGGCGCAUGAAAAUCGCUCCACUUCAGCGAUAAGUGAAAUCCGUUUCAGUAAUUUAUAUUUAUUGCUUAGCUCUCGUACGAGUCAUACGAUGGGAAGGUGAAAAGGUAUUUUAUGUGAUAGGUUGUUGCUAUCUUAAGCCAGCAUUGUGUUUAUGUUUAUCUUCAGUCAGCCAUUUGAUAUGGCCAAAUUUAACAAAAUUCCAAAAUCGAUUUAAUUAUUUAAUUUAAUUAUUCAAAAUUCGCAACUU